CUCGCGCGCUCCGGCCGCGUCCGAGGCGCGACCAGGAAAGCGACGCGAUGCGCGAGCUGCAGCCAGCGCGGCCGCCCCCGCAAGCGCCGCGCUAACGGUACCGAUGCAGUGGCGAAAACUGACCAGGUUGAAGUCUUCGCCGGGCGGACAGUCGCGAGCUCGGAGGAUGCUCUGCUGCGGCCGCAGGAAGGAAAAUGGGCGCGCGGCGCCGGACUUGACGGCAUCGCCGGGACGCGCGCCGCCCGGCCCGCCGCAGCCGCCCCGCGCCAACCACGCGCCGCCCUGCGUGCUGCAGCCAGACUUCCGCAAGGUAUCGGGUGUCAGUAAUGAAAUAUUCAGGCAAAUUGAGAUGGUGGAAAACGAUCACGACACCACCACUGCAGCGGCGCUUGAGGCGGUGGAGCGACGCGGUGAGAUGAUUGUACGAAUUCUUGAAUUGAGACAAGUCGGAAGAAAUAAUGUUGAAGCCGCCAAAAAAUUUUUUUCCUUACAAGAUGCACGUCACAUAGUUCAACUAGUGGAGAUCGUGAAGCGCCCUGGUCAAACCUUGGGCCUAUAUAUACGAGAGGGAGACGGUGGUGCUAGGACUGAUGGAGUAUUCAUAUCACGAAUAGCUCUCGAAUCAGCGGUAUAUAACAGUGGAUGUCUAAAGGUUGGGGAUGAAAUCCUGGCUGUCAACCUGGUGGAUGUAAGACGCAUGUCUUUAGACGAUGUCGUGAUUAUUAUGUCUAUACCCCGCAGGCUUUUAUUGUGCACUAGACAGAGAAAAGGAAAAUCGGGCCCUGGUUCACCAUCAUUACCCAGAUCUGAGCACAAACCACCUCCUGUUGUUGUUUUGAAAAGAGACUGCCGGGACGAUGACGACCACGAUAGAGUUGAUGGACUUUAUUCGCAACAUGGUACCUUACGUUCAACGGGAGGUCCUGGAAGUUCUGUGAGACCAGUUGGGGAUGGUAGAGAAGAAAGGAGUCGUUUACAACUUGGUGCAUUAUCACCAGAUUCCACUCCACUUGAUCUAUAUUACAAUUCACGACCACCCUCCGAUCAUGCUACGUGGAGUUAUCGGCCACCUCCGCCAGUUAUUACGGAGCAACCUAAAUCUACUGCAACACAUUUUGUGCCAUAUGAAAGGUCUUAUCCGAAUACUUUGGAAAGUCUAGCGGAAAAAGUUCAUUCCUUUUACCCAUCGGAGACUGGAGGGUAUAUACAGCAACAUGCUCAACCUAGCAGCAGUAUGCGGUUUGGUGGAAGAGUUCCACGUUCUGGUUCUGAGCAACAGCUCCCAAGGGCCGAAACUCAUUCUGACUUUGGCCGUCAUUCACUGCUUCGGUCUAGUUUGAAAGCCUCAACUGCUGCAGGGCCAGGAGCUUCCAGUUUGACAAGAUAUGGACAACGUUACGGUGGAGUAGGAAUGCCAGGUUCAGGAUUACCUGGUAGUGGACUCACUGGCACGGGACUAGGCGGUACUGGUUUAAGUGGUUCAGGAUUGCCUUCAGGGUUUUCUGCUACUGGCCUCAGUGGUUUGACUGGUUCCAGUUUAGUAGGGUCAGGUUUGGCAAGUUCUGGUCUUAGCAGUACGCUCACAGGAACUGGCCUAAGUUCAACACUUGGAGCAGGUUAUGGCACUACAGGGCUAGGCCUACCGUCAUAUGGAAGUAAAUUUGGAACGACUAGAAGAAAUCGAAGCUUGGAUUACUCUUCUGAUACUGAGGCAACAGCACCCACUAGAACUCCUUAUUACUCAGGCUUGAGUGGUUACAGGAGUAGUACUUUAGGAAGGGACAUAGGAUCGAAAUUUAAUUCUUUACCAAGAGAUGUCAGAGGAACUGGUCAAAGACUGGGACUAACUAGACGCACAGGGAGUGUACUUCAAGAUGAACCUGAACCGUUGUCUUCACGAUUAGACUUACGUUCCUCCAGAGGUCGCCUGCCUUCCUCUCCCUCAGUAUUUACAUCAGAUGAAUAUCGCGCAUGGUUAUCUCGAGCUCCAUCAACAAGUGCAUUGUAUGAAACACUUCGUCCUCGACUGCCUACACACUACUCAGCGGAAAAUAUACAUGAUGCACUUAAGAAUAUGGAAAGUGGAAGUCGCUUUGGAUCUUCUCUCGGCUUAGCUGGAAGGCGAAUUGAAAGGCCUCGUCAUUUACCAGCUAGAUCGUUAUCAUCGCAACAGUUGGGACCGACAGCAAGCGGAUCACCAUCAGCUCGGCGUGUGAGACAGCUUCUUGAGUUGGGAUCAAAAUUUACAUGCCCAAAUCCAAGUCCUGUACCAACACCAGGUUCAAGACAUCAACGACAUCUGGAUAUAAACCCGAAUGAGUUCCUAAAAUAUAAAGUGGACAAACCCGGUCAAGGAGGUUUAUCAUCGUCUAUGACGGGUUUGUCUCGGCUCUCUGGAGGUGUCUCUGGUAUGCUCUGGGUCCACCUUCUUGCUGGUAGAGGGUUGCGUCCAGCUCCUACUGGUUCCUCACCAGGCUCACCACCUUCAGGACCUCUUGCGCCACCACAACCUCCAGUAGCACCUCGUGAUCUAUAUUGUGUCUUAGAAUGCGAUCGCGUACAUAAAGCUCGUACAGUGGUUCGCACUGGUGAGUUGCAGUUUGAUUGGGAUGAGUCCUUUGAAUUGGAGUUGGUUGAUAACAGACAGCUAGAUGUACUCGUGUAUUCCUGGGAUCCACAACACAGGCACAAACUUUGCUUUAGGGGAGCUGUGACUUUACCAGAUUUAUUAGCUCGUUCGCCAUUUCAUCAACUUGCUAUAAAGAUGGAACCGCGCGGGACGCUAUACAUGCGAGUCCGUCAUACUGAACCACACGAGUUAUUCCGUCGCCGCGUAGCGCCUUCUCGUAUAGCUCCAGCACCUUUGUUUGGGGCUGAGUUAGAAGCAGUUGUGGCACGGGAAUUGCGACCACCUCACGCACCACCUGUACCGUUGGUGGUAAGACGUUGUGUUGAAGAAAUUGAGAGACGAGGCUUGGACAUUAUUGGACUCUAUCGCUUAUGUGGUUCUGCUAACAAAAAGCGUAUACUUCGUGAGGCAUUUGAGCGUAACGCACGUGGUGUUGAGUUGACACCGGACUCAGUUCCUGAUAUUAACGUGAUUACUGGAGUAUUAAAGGAUUAUUUGACCGAAUUGCCACAACCUCUUAUCAGCCGCUGUUUGUAUCAAAUGACGUUGGAUGCUUUAGGCGUUUGUCUUCCCGAUGAUAAAGAAGGCAAUGCUCGUCUCAUGGCCUCUAUAGUGGAAUGUCUUCCACGAGCCGCAAGAGCUACUUUGGUCUUCCUGCUUGAUCAUUUAGCAUUAGUUGUGGCUGCUCAAGAUCGUAAUAAAAUGUCACCUCAGCAUUUGGCUGUUGCUAUGGCACCUCCAUUAAUGUUACAUUCCCAGCCACCAGCGGAAUUAGAUUAUCAGCGUCCAAUACAUGUACUCCAAUGUCUUCUUCAAAUUUGGCCUCCACCGAAACGUUCAGUUCGGCGCGGCGAGCCAGCAACCGGGCCGCGUGGAAACAAAGUCAGUGCGUCGCCAGUGGCCUCAGCCACCCUCCCCCCAGGCCGAGCUCCGCCCUCAGUCAGUCCAUAUCGGCAUCAAGCGGCAGCAUCAGCAGCAUCUCCGCCGCCAGCUCUCUCGGGUCGUCCCGGAGUCGACCGCUCGCCGCCCGCACAUGUUCUCUCAUCAGUCAGGGGAGGCCAAUAUCGUCCGCAGUCGCCUCUUCGCGGCCCUCUGCCCGCUCCUCCUCGCUCCCGACAGGUGACGGUGUCAUCUCCCGGCUCCCCCAGCAGUAGCUCCGGGAGCCACAGCCCAGCUGACACGAUAAAGCAUGGCGGCUCUGUGUCAUCAAUACUACGUCAACCGGAACGCGCGAGCUCUCCUCGCGUAUCACCCAGACAAUCACCUCGCGCAUCUCCUCGGGAUUCUCCGCGUGGGACACCAAGGGAGACUACGCCCCGGGAAUCUCCUCGGCCUGCUAUACCAGGAACGUCGGCCGGUCUGGCCGUGACUCUGAAUUCCGAGCGGGGUUCGAGUCCACGCUACAGCUCCACCAAUCCAUUUCUGCAGCAGUAUGAUGCUGAGGAGGAGGCGGAGGCGUGGCGCGCUGCAGACAUAUUCUCAUCCACGCACACAUAGUGCUCAUAGCGAAUUGAGAUUUUCUAGUCAAUUUUUUUAUUGAAUCGAAAGAGUGCUACGAUUCUUCUGUAUAUUAUGUUGUUUGACGAGCGUGGUGCGCGUUCGAGAAAUGUUUGUUAUAUAUAGAGCGAGUUACGAUGUAUAUUAUUGUGAGAAUGUUUACCUUCUAACGCGCCGCUGCCCGCCGCCGCUCCGCCCUGUAGCAGCUAUAGUGUUUAUCGUAUUAUAUUGUACAUUGUAUAUAAAUAAAUACGUUUAUGUAGGUACGCUCCCAUUUUGUACCGUAUGGGCGAGGCCUCGGCGGAAGGCCCGAAGCGCUACACACAUCAUCCCACAUAUCAGAGGCUUGCGUACACGUUCGACACAAAAUUUUGGUGGUUCACUAUGGAUAACAUCAUAAUAUGUUAGGAACACUGAUUCAUACUAAUUAUAUAAUAGUUUAGAAGGGUGGGGAGCGCUUAGGCGUUACUCAUAGUUAGGAUAUGCUAGUGUCGAUCGUGAAUUCAAGUCGGUAGCUCGAGUAGGGAGAGUAUCGUAGAUCAGACGUGCGGACUGUCUUGAGACUGAGACCAUAUCAGAGUAGCUCCUACUUAGACACUCGAUGGAAAUCCAUCGUAGAACGAGCGAUUGCGUGGCAGAAGUAAAGGUUUUAGGCGAUUUCAAGUUGUUAUCAAAGUUUCGAAUAUUCCAAAUAAUCCUUGUUCAUUAAUAAAUUAAUAACUUUAAUACUUAUAACGGUAUAUUAAACUAAUAUAGAUUUUAGUAAAGCAUUUUUACGAGUCGCUAAUUCUAUGAGGGAUGGGAUUUUUUUUUAUAAUAAGGUUGGUCGAAAUCUCAAGAUCGGAGGUAUUAUUUCCGAAUUUCGAAUAAAAGAAAUGAUAUGUAAUAAUUUAUUAUUAUUAUUUAAUUGAAUCUUAAGCAAGAUGUUGCAAUUUAUAUUAAAAAUUUAUUUUAAAGAUGAACUAUAUAAAAUUUGUAGAUAGUGACAAAUUAAUUUACCGAAAAUAGGGAAUAGUAACAAGGAAAUUAAAUUGUUUAUUAAGAAUGGUUUCCCUCGAAGGCCUGCAUUUAAUGAUUAAAGGUUAGUUUAAAUUAUUAAGAAAUUCGUAAGUAAUAUCUCAGUUCUUAUCACUAGCGUCUGCUAGACAUAUAACAGUGGUAGAAAUUGACCAAUGACAGCACUGAUUAAAAUUUCACUGCCAUGAUUGGUCCAUUUUAAAUAGAGAACAUAUUACUAUAAUGAUAAUUACACCUAUUUAUAUGUCUUUCGGAGGCUGUUUGGUUACAAAUGGCUUUUGAGCAACACUUCAAGAGAAGUUUUGUUAUAACUGUUUAUAAAUAGCAUUGCACAAAGAACACGACUGAUAUGGGACACAACGUUUUUGAUACUUUACAGUUUUACCUGUUUCUCGUUUGUGAUAUACUAUGCGUUGACCUCGCCUUUUGUAACUAAAUGUUCGCUCAUGAAUUCUUAUUCUACUCUCACUAAUUUACAAACGGGGCAUGCCGCCUUCUUAUUCUAUGUUAAAGUAAUAUUAACUUAUAAAUAAAAGGUUGAACUCUAUUGUAUUGACAUGUUAUGAAUGUGCUUAUAUGAAAUUAAAUAAACUUAAUUAUAUGAAGAGAAUUUAUUGCUAGUUUAGUGUUCCGUAUGUAUGGAACUUAGAUGUGGUAGAGAAUUCAUGCACGGAUAUUUCUUUCAAUAAUCUCUUCAGAAGGUUGAAUCCAUGACAAUAUGAUUUUAGAAAUGAAUUUUUGAAAUCUAAUAAAUUAUAUGAGAUACGGUGUCGAAUUCAUAUUAUGAGAACAGCGCUAUAACAGACGCUUCACGUAACCUAACUAAAUGUAGUCUCAUUAGAAACAUAAAUCAUAUCUUACGCAUUACAAUAGCAUGAAAUAUUUUUUUCUGUAAUUUGAACAUCCGGCCGUGUCGUUGUUGCAUUUUCUUAUCGAAUUAUAAUAAUAAAAUCGUAAAUACAUCAUGUAUUAUAGACGCAUACGUUUUCGCAUUAAAAUAAAAUACUUUAACAGAAUUUAAAAUAUCACGAACCGUACAUAGGCUAACUACAUACGGAUUAACAAGGAAUAUUCAUUAAAAAGGGUGUUAUAAAAGCUAUGUAUAAGAUUUUGAUUUUCACAUCAAACAAAAAAGAUAUAGUUACAAAUCAUAUGUUUGGAAUUAUAAAAAUGUAUUUGUGAGUGGAAUAACUUAAUCAUGUUUCAUAAUAGAUUUACAACAGUGUGUAUUAGCCAUCAGUAUAGAUGUAAAUACAACUUGAAGUGUCGCUCGACAGUGCGUAGCCGGCGCAACCGCUGUAGUGUGUAGUAGCUCCGGCGCACAGCUUUCGUUGGCUUCGACACGCAUGCGCUCUUGAGAGAACGAUCUAUAGAUAACUAAUUAUAUGUUGUGAAUAUAACCUAGUCCUUUAAUCGAGAUGUUUCAUUGUAAUUUAUAUAUAUAUAUCGUUGCUGAUUGUUAAUAUAAUAGUUCUUGUUGUAUUCGUGUGUGAGAUUGUUUAACAUAAACAUUUUGGGAUAUAAAUGCUGUGCGUUUUAUACCGGAGAGCCGAAGCGCUUUGUAGGUUUGAUUAUAGCCGCGGAUAACGACGUGUUCAUUACAUUAAAAAUUAUAAAUACUUGUAUGGAGCUUUGUUAUGUUGGAAGUCGCUUUAAAUGUAAAACUUAUGGUCGAUGUGAAACAGAUUUAUAUCGCAUUAAUGUCUUAUUAUUUAAAUAGUUACUAUUAUUUUCUUUAACCGAUCUAAUUUAUAGAUGUUUGAAAUGUUAUCAAUAAAUUAUUUAAUAUGAUAAAAUUAUAUAUUUUCAUCUCAUUAAAGCGAUUAGGUGUUAGUAAAUAGAUAUAUUGUGUAGGGUAGAGAAUAAAAAAAAAAAUCUAUCAGAAAUCUACAAGAAAUCCAUUCAAUAGUAUUGACAGAUGGUGCCAAAAUAUUCCUUCCCUUACCUUCUGUGUUCAUUUUAAAUCGCUUACACAUUUGGCGGGCGUGCCUCCGUUUUGUAUGAUCAAAUCAGGUUAGCUUGACAUGAUUUGAGAUAUUCAAAAUGUAUGAUUUAAGAUCGCUUGGAAUGUAUGACGCAGCAUCGCAUAACCAAUAACCAAUAACCAAUAUUUUUAAAUGUGUCAUUGUAUAUAGUUAUGUUCUAUCAUUUAUGUAUGUUGAAUGUUCAUAGAGUAAUUUGGGAUGUUUCUCUCAAGGUCGUGUCCGCUGUUCGUUUGUGUUGCGGGGCGUUGGCCCAGAAUAAUAUCAGUAUUUCGAAAAUUUGGUAAAGUAGCGUUACUACGUACUUAACGUAUCGAGUAUACGCCGCUCGAUGUACGAGCGGCUGGGACACAGACGAAAAUAAAUAAUAUAACGUUAA